GAACGCUGCUAAACGUCAAGCGCAUCAACAACAACAUUGUUUACGCAUUUCCACCGGCAAAAAGCGGCAAACUACAACAAACCGCAUCAAAUAUCACCAUUAGCAAUGGCCAAACAUCAUCCGGAUCUCAUUUUCUGCCGCAAGCAGCCGGGCGUGGCCAUCGGACGCCUGUGCGAAAAGUGCGAUGGAAAGUGCGUGAUCUGCGACUCGUACGUGCGACCGUGCACGUUGGUUCGUAUUUGUGACGAAUGUAACUACGGUUCGUACCAGGGCCGUUGCGUUAUUUGCGGUGGCCCUGGGGUGUCGGAUGCUUACUACUGCAAAGAGUGUACAAUCCAGGAAAAGGACCGUGACGGAUGUCCCAAGAUCGUUAACCUUGGCAGCUCAAAGACGGAUCUGUUCUACGAGCGGAAAAAGUACGGCUUCAAGAGAUAAGCGUAAUUGUAACCUUGCUUCAAUUCUAACUGCGUAAACCCCUCGGGUAUCCUAGUUAAGAUAUAAAUAAACAAUUCGUACAACAGCUACUAUUGUGCUGUACAUUA